AUGGAUGAUGAUAUUUUGUAUGAUGAUUCCGGUAAUGAGACCAGUGGUGACGAUGUUGAUUUUGUUAUAGAGGCCGAUAAUGCAUCUCACAGUAAAGAGCUGCAGUGUUAUGAUGAAGAGUAUCAGUAUGAAGUACUGUCCACUGAUGAUAUAGUACAACACAUGGUCGACUGCAUCAAAGAUGUCAACACAGUGGUUCAAAUACCGUCAACUACAACAAGAAUAUUAUUGAACUAUUUCCACUGGGAUAAAGAGAAGCUUAUGGAAAAAUUUUUCGAUGGAAAUCAAGACGAACUUUUCAGAGAAGCCCACGUAAUAAAUCCAUUCAAGAAAGUUAGUGUGGCAAAACCGAAAAUAUCAAAUAAAGUAUUAGGUACAGAGGAGUGCGAUAUAUGCUAUAUGGUUUUUCCUCCCAUACAAAUGACUGGUUUGGAAUGUGGGCACAGGUUUUGUUAUCAGUGCUGGAAUGAGUACUUGACAACAAAAGUAAUGGAGGAAGGUGUAGGCCAAACAAUAGCUUGUGCUGCACAUAACUGUCCCAUAUUGGUAGAUGAUCAGACCGCUAUGAGAUUAUUGAAAGAUCCUAGAGUGAAAUUGAAAUAUCAGCACCUCAUUACAAACAGUUUUGUUGAAUGUAAUCGUCUGCUGAGGUGGUGUCCAAGUCCUGAUUGCAGUUAUGCUAUUAAGGUUACUUAUGUGGAAGCAAAACCAGUAGCUUGUCGUUGUGGACAUGUGUUUUGCUUUGCAUGUGGUGAAAACUGGCAUGAUCCUGUCAAAUGCCCUCUUCUGAAGAGAUGGCAAAAAAAAUGUGAUGAUGAUUCAGAAACCUCAAACUGGAUAGCAGCAAAUACAAAAGAAUGCCCAAAAUGCAAUGCUACAAUAGAAAAAGAUGGUGGCUGUAAUCACAUGGUUUGUAAAAACCAGAAUUGCAAGGCAGAUUUUUGCUGGGUCUGUCUGGGUCCCUGGGAACCUCAUGGCAGUUCUUGGUACAAUUGUAAUAGAUAUGAUGAAGAUGAAGCUAAAGCAGCUAGAGAUGCUCAAGAAAAAUCAAGAUCUGCUCUUCAGCGAUAUCUGUUUUACUGCAAUCGCUAUAUGAACCAUAUGCAAUCCCUCAAAUUUGAACACAAGCUGUAUGCAUCUGUGAAAGAUAAAAUGGAGGAGAUGCAGCAACAUAAUAUGAGCUGGAUUGAAGUGCAGUUUCUGAAAAAGGCUGUGGACAUCCUAUGCCAGUGUCGGCAAACGUUAAUGUACACAUAUGUUUUUGCAUAUUAUUUAAAGAAGAAUAAUCAGUCUGUGAUAUUUGAAGAUAACCAAAAGGAUCUUGAACGAGCUACUGAGCUGUUGAGUGAGUAUUUGGAGAGGGAUAUAACUCAAGAAAAUCUAAUAGAUAUAAAACAAAAGGUGCAGGAUAAGUACCGUUACUGUGAUGGUAGAAGGAUGGCUUUGCUGGAUCAUGUUCAUGAAGGAUAUGAAAAAGAGUGGUGGGUUUACAGUGAGUGAAUUCUUCAAAAAAUUAAUUUUUUCUCACUUGUAAUGAUACUAAUUAUGAUUUUUUUAAAAUUUGUCAAAGCAUUAUUCAUUAAAUUAUUAUAUUUGUUAUGUUACUUAUUUAUGUUCGACAGUUUAGGAGCUUUACAGGAUUUAAUUGACUCAACAAGAGUAGGAAUUGAUGUAAAAAAAACUUUCGAUGUGAAACUAGAGAUUACCAUUCAUAACAUUGUUUAUCCAUAGUCAUAAUUCCUUAUUUAUAUAUGAAAUAUGGUUUUAAAAAUUUGUAUUUCUGCACGAAAGAGUGGCAACAUAAUUUUGCUGGAACCGAGGAGUUUCAGAGUAUAUAAUUUCAUGAAUUAGAAAAUCUACCAGCACUAACACCAUCUUCUCUUAAACCAAUUUCAUAUAUUGAAUAUAAUUUUUGAAUACA